AUGGCCGGGUUUCAAGCAGGUCGUCCGGUCGGAAACCAUGACUAUACGUCCGCUACCGUAGUUAUUAUAGGGGCGGGCAUAUCUGGCCUCUGUAUGGCUAUUGAUGUCAUCAAGCGAAGCCAAUGUCGUAAUAUUGUCAUUCUGGAGAAAGGCAACCAGGUCGGAGGUACCUGGACUGACAACAGAUACCCGGGAUGCGCCUGCGACAUCUGGAGCACGUUGUACAGCUUCUCCUUUGAGCAAAAGACCGAUUGGACAAGAGAGCAUCCGGGUCAGGAGGAAAUUCGGGACUAUCUCAUCCACGUUGCAGAGAAACAUGGUCUCUAUAAAUUCAUCCGCUUCAAUACGACCGUGCAAGAAGCUCGCUGGGACGACAAACAGCUCAAGUGGAAGGUCAGCGUGGCCACGUCAGGGGCCAAAGAGCCCCAGUUCCACGAUUCAUACGAUAUCACAACCGACUUUCUGGUUUCUGCGGUUGGUCAGCUCAAUGUGCCUAGUUGGCCCUCUAUCCCCGGUCUCGACGACUUCACCGGCAAAUUGAUGCAUUCUGCCCGGUGGGACUGGACGUAUGAUUUCACCGGAAAACGUGUCGCCAUCAUCGGAAAUGGCGCCACCUGCGCCCAAAUCGUCCCCGAACUGGCCAAAUCGGUGUCGCAAGUCACGGUGUACCAGCGGACCCCCAACUGGGUCAUCCCUCGGUACGAUACGAGUGUCUCGUCUCUUCAAAGAUUCUUGCUCUCCUACGUGCCGCCUAUCCGCUGGUGCAAACGCGCCCUCAUGAUGCAAGCUCGCGAAUUCAGCCAUGAUGCUAUCGCCAAGUCCAACUCGGCAUUGGCAGGGUAUAUACGCAAAAUAUCCAUCGCUACCAUGAAAAGCCAGCUGUGUGAUAAGCCAGAGCUAUGGGAUAAGCUGAUCCCCGAUUACUCGCCCGGCUGCAAGCGUCUCAUACCAUCGGAUGACUACUUCCCCGCAUUGAACAAGAAAAACGUGCAUCUUGAGACGCGACCGAUCCAGCGCGUUACCGAGUCGGGAAUCGAAACGGUUGAUGGCGCCCUUCAAGAGUAUGAUCUCAUUGUUGCUGCGACGGGAUUCCGUUCCGUCGAGUUUAUGCAUCCCAUCCAGGUGUACGGGCGAAACGGACGUCCUGUGUCAGAUGUGUGGAAGGAUGGGGCCGCAGCCUACUACGGUGUCACGGUUGAGGACCUCCCCAAUUUUGGUAUGCUGUACGGACCGAACACGAAUCUAGGACAUAACUCUAUCAUCCUAAUGGCUGAGGCACAGUCGCGUUACCUGAGCACGCUGAUCGGUGAGGUCGUGCGUGCCAAAGCUCGCAGCGACUCGUUGGUGUUCCAGCCUCGGUCGGAUGUAGUAGCUGCGUUCAAUGAACGCCUCCAGGAGGAGUUAGAGAGAAGUACCUUCGCCGAUCCGCAGUGCCAUAGCUGGUAUAAGCUGGAGAAUGUCUGUGCAUCUUUGUCGUUGAGAAAGAGUAUUGCUUUAUCAGGGUAG